UCGGUUUGGCCCGCGAAAACGCGGCUCAUCCCCACCAGUUGCAUCGCGUGCGGUGACGUUCUUUCCUCAUCACUCAUAAUCGUCUGCACGCUUCUCGAAUGAGGUUCUGUAGCAGUUCAUAGGUCGCGCUCUUAUUUGUUUCAUCAUCCUACUUUAGCUGUUUAACAUAAGCCCAGAGGGAGAGGGAGGUGGAAUUAUUUUCGUGCUAUAUCGUUCGUUUUUAUAAACAUAUGACAGUAUUUAGCCUUAUUAGUAUUUCGUCGUGACCGCAUCUUAUUCAACAGUUCUUCAUAUAGAGAAGCUGUGCUAAUGUUCAGGAAAGAACAACACUUCUGAAUAUCUGAUAAAAGUGAUUGUAUUUAUAAUCAACUACCAAAAAACAGAUGGAUUAACUGAUUGUUCUUCAAAAACAAGGCCGGUAGGUGAAAAUUAUUAUUUAUUUGAAUUCCUUACGUUAAAGAAGAAAUUUCACCUUGCUUUUGUUCUUGCUGGUCUUCUUACAAACAAGAAGCAACAACAUUCCGUUAAUUUGGUACAUCGAUGAAAAGCAGAUCAAGGCUCAGAUGGUUCAAAACAUUUCAUUUCCCCGAGGAAUAUCUUAAUUUAUUCUUCAUUUAAUACAAUUUGUGAAGAGGCUGUUGUUGCUGACAAACAAUGAAAACUGCUCCAAUUUAAACUUUAUCAGCUCCACCCAAAUUUUGUUUUCCUUCUUCAUUAUGGGACUCUCUCCGCUUUGCACACGAUUAUUACCAUUUUUAUUCGUUCUAUUACCGCAUUGGAGAGAGAAACAAACAGAAAAAAACCCAACUUAACUCCCAGAAGGCAUUCUAAACGAAGGCUAAACAGCGAACAAGUUGACUUUGGAAUUUUCUUUUACUAUUUUUUUCCCUCCCGAUUCAUGAAGACUUGCCGGAAAGUGAAGUUUCCCGCUUUCAUUUGAGCGAAGGAUUGAGCAAUUCUCCAGUGUUUUUUCUGAUUAGGUUCUACGGCGAGUGGAGGUGUCACGUUGCUGGUUUCGUCAAAUAUUGAAUAAAAUCAUUUAUGUUGAUUUCUCCUACAUGUUGCCCAGCUAUGAAUUAAAACUGGAUUCAAUCAGCUUUAGGACGAUAUGGCUGGAAAGUCUUCUGUCGGCUGAUCUGUGGCUUUUCACAUGAAAUUUUGGAAUUCCUAAAAUAACUCAUGGUCAUCUUGCAAUAAGUGCUCGAGCAAGCCUUUCAAGAUGCUGAAAUUGCUGCUCAGCCAUUGGCAGACACACAGAGAGCCUCUAAAUUUCGUGCUCACUGAUGAUCCUUUAUACUGCAGUCACCUCACCAAAUCCCCUUUUCCGGAAGUUUACUCCGUCAACAGAGUCAAUCCUAUUUUCGAGGACGACGAGAACGAGACGAAGAAUGAGACGCCUACCCUCCGUCUGAAGAGAUCUCUCAGUGAGGAAAGGAGAGAGAACGAGACACGAGCUUCUGACGACACUGGCUAUUCUUCCAGCGGUCAGUUUAAAAGCUUGACCACAGCGGACAGCCUCACCGACGAUGUGGGCUCACUGGAAGCUCGACACAUGAGCUCAGACUCAGACGAGUACUCUCAUCCUGAAGCUGUGGUUGUGUCAGCCGAUGUUCACAGAGUAUCCUACCCAGAAGACGUAAUCGUCUUGUCGUCUUCCGCUUCCUCAAAUAGCAGUCAUAUAUUCAGUGCCAAUUCGUAUAGCAGCCAUUACGGCGGAAGUAGUGAUUCAUCGCAGGAGCCUUUCGAUAGCCUCACCAUGUCCAGUCUUACAGACACUAGCCUUCGGGAAGACAGGCAAAAGUCAGGGUCGACAGAUGCCAAGAGGCCCAACUCGUUAAUCAAAGAAAAACUGCAAAGGCUUUUAGAAAGGGGUAAUGAACGUUCAUCAGAGACAUUUCUAGAUUCGCUAGACCCAAAACCCUCAAGUGCCGUAGCCGACAAUGAGAUCGAAAAGACAAAAAUGGAUCUUAUGAAGUCUCUGACAAGAGCUCUCAACAAUAAAGUGCCAAAGCGAGAGCAAGUGUCUCCUAGCAACAGCGAAGAAGCAGUGACACGCACUGAUAGUGCUCUCAGCGAUCACCACAGCCAAGCUAAGUCUGUGGAUCGCAAGAGCACUUCAAGUACGACAUCGCCUAAAACGCCGAAUUCGUCCAAAAAAUCGCCUUCGAGGAAAGAUUCAAAUGGAGUGACGCGCCAGGACGAAUCUAGUGGUUCCAGUUCUAUCAGUUUUACAAAAUCAAGGAAAUAUCAACUUCGCAGCAGUAAGUACCAAUCGACUGAAAAAGAGUCGAAACGAGAAAGAGAAAGUCCUAGAGAAUCUUCAGGUUCUCAACAGACUCAUUCCUCGCAUAAAUGCAAGUUAUGUGAAAAUGCUCACCGGCCAUUGGCAUUUCAUCAGUUGCUACCAGGUCACUGGAGUUACGACAAUGUGUAUCUUCCCCAGAUUUCUGGUAUGUGUUGUCCAUGUAUGCAUCACCACCACCACAAUCCUUUGUAUCAACCGUCGUCCGAUGAUGACGUUUUCUACCCACUUUAUUACCACCAUGAUCUCGCAAGGGCUAGACAUUCUUGGGCACCUUACUCCACUCCUAAGAACUUUCUUGAUAAUAAUUCUAAGCCACACAAUAGAAGUUCAGAGGACAAAGGUGUUUCUACUUCAUCCAAAGAGAAUUUACGCAAUUCAUCUGGUCCUCGCUAUUCUCCCGAUGGAAGUUCCAGAGAGACGGACAGCUCUCACAUUUCAAAUCGUCUAAAACAGUCUUUGUCAGAAAGACGAUCUUUAAGAGAACCGAAGAAAUGUAAAUGCGAACACUGUUUAGCGUCCGUCCUCGAUAAGGAUACUUCCAAUCCGUCCAAUUUUCCCAACCAUCCUUGCACUUGUUACUGCCUUUCGCAUAGAAGAGUCAAGUUCGCUUCGGACACGGAUGUAUCUCAGCAUAGGCACAUUCAUUCAGCUCCCAUGAGAGUGUUAAAGGACGGAAAUAAGCUAGCCAAUGGAGACACUAUUAAUGCAGCUUUUGUGAUGAAUCUUCCGCACUUGAAUGGCCAUGCUCUAACAAACCAAGGAGCUAAAGAUAAUGGUUUAAAAUCUAAAAAAGCGCCUCCACUAAUACCCAGAGGACUGAAGGAGCCAAUAAAGAUGGAUGAACUCUAUCGAACAUAUCCCAUCAAUUUUAGAGACUGGGAAGCUCAUUACAGACGAACUUUCCUUCAGAAAAGAAGAAAACGAGCUUUAAACAUGGUGGGCAUGGCCAUCGGCAUCAUAUUAGUGGUUGGAAUUGCCAUAGCUUUAACUUUUGUAUUUCUACGAAUAAAAAGGCCAGCAUGAUAAUACACUAAACUAUAAUGUAAAAAUAAUUAUAAAAACUUUUUAGAUAAAGCAAAAUUAUGAAUCAAUGUAUGAGCUUUCCUUUCCAUUACUUUUAUGGAAAUUUACGUAACUGAAAUUGUCAAGCGCUGUUAUUACAUUUCAAUGUAUGUUAGACAAAUAAAGUGCCUCUAAUAAUUGUUUUGUCAAUAAAA